AUGGCUGCUCUUGCCUCAGAACAAUCAACCCCAGAUCGUUCCAUAGACUCAGGGUACCCAUCCACUGCGGAUGGCCGUCCUGCCCUGACUCUUGGUCUCUUCAACCCAGGCAAGAACCGACGCCCAAUAUCUCGUCCAGUCCUCCACCGCUUCCUUGCCGCGCUUGUCACACGCGUGACAAAUGGUGUUCGCAGUGCCAACCGGCGCGUCGUAGCGCCUGGUACAGACAUAAAGACCUUGAGCUUGGAGGGAUCCGAUCCAAUCCCGCUUGGCCCUGCUCAGUUUGGUGGGCAAAUGUUCGAAGCACGUACGGGCCCCGGGCUGCUAGGCCAGGACCCUGCAGUCUUCGAGGUUACAAACGUCGCUACGCGUCCAAAUGAGAGGUGGCACAGCGACCACUGGGUCGGUACCAGAGUUGUCACCCUCAGAAACGGGAAGCAGCACUAG